AUGUAUUUUGAAACUUACAAGAACACCUUUGCAGUUGAUGUUCUCGAAGGUCUGGGCCUGGUAAAGCUCGACAACUUUGAGUUCCUGACUCCGGCAGCAGAUAAUACGGAGCGAGAGUACGAUCCUGAAAAAUGUGACUCGACGGAACAAUCAGGGGACGGGACUCAACAGGAUCCGUAUCUCGUGGACUUUAGCCGUGCAACAGAUAGCGAGCACCCUCACAAUUGGACGACCGGUAAAAGAUUUGUCACCGUAUGCAAUAUAAUGCUUCUGACGUGCGUCACGUACAUGGGCACGUCCAUCUACACACCUGGCCAGGAUCUUAUCCAGGACGAAUUCCACGUUGGUCACGUUGUCGGCACGCUCAACCUGUCACUGUACAUUUUAGGGUUUGGGCUUGGCCCACUGGUGUUUGCGCCGCUGUCGGAACUCGUUGCCAUUGGUCGCCAACGGCUUUUUAUUGUAACGCUGUUUGCGUUCGCAAUACUCCAGAUCGGAUGCGCGCUGGUAAAAAAUAUUGCCGGGCUGAUCAUACUUCGAUUUUUGGCCGGCGUCUUUUGUUCACCAUCGCUGGCGAACGGCGCCGCUGCUGUGGGUGACGUGGUUAAGCCUAAACAUGUGCCCGUGGUUCUCGGUCUGUGGGCCAUCGGUGCGCUUGCGGGACCUGCUACGGGACCUUUGCUGGGAGCGGCUAUGAUCGACGCAAAAGGUUGGCGCUAUAUGUUUUGGAUCCUCAUGUGGAUAAGCUCUGCUACGCUGCUACUGAUGGUUUUCUUUUUCCCUGAGACCAACGAAGACAAUAUUCUAUACCGGAGAUGCCAAAGAAUACGAAAAGCGACGGGCGACAGACGAUAUUAUACAAUGAAAUCCAAAGAUGAGGAAAAACUGACUUUUAAAGAUAUCUGUGUGAUGACUUUGUACAGGCCGUUUCAGAUCAUCGCAAGAGAGCCCAUUGUUAUUGCCUUGAACACUUACCAUGCUGUGGAAUAUGGAGUUUUCUACUUGUUUUUCGAAGCUUUCCCCAUUGUAUUUUCCAAGAUUUACCAUUUCACGCGGGUUCAACUAGGGCUUUCGUACUUGGGAUUCUGCGUGGGUUGUAUUACUGCCUACGCAGUCGCAAUGCUCUUCUACUGGUGCUUCGCUACGAAACGAAUUGCCGCCAACACAUUUACGCCAGAAACACAUUUGGUUUUGACCAUUUGGGUAUGCUGGACUCUCCCGUGUUCACUUUUUCUAUUUGCAUGGGCUGCCUCGGUACAUUGGAUCAUACCAAUGAUCUCAGAAGUGCUUUUCAUUGUUGGGCAAUUUAACAUUUUCCAAUCUGUGUUUUCCUACCUGGCCAUGUCCUAUCCCAAAUACAUGGCUUCCGUUUUCGCCGGUAACAAUCUUUGUCGCUCCGUACUCGCGUGUGUUUUCCCACUGUUUGGACGUGCCAUGUACGACAAUCUAGCGAUUCCCGGGUACCCCGUCGGAUGGGGGUCGUCCCUGGUUGGAUUUCUAUGUUUAAUUCUUAGCUUGGUGCCGUUUGUCUUAUACAAAUACGGACCGUAUUUACGGAGUAGGUCAAAAUUUGCUGGUUAA